AUGAGUUCCGACGAGAAGUUGGUCCAAGUCUACAGCCGAGCAAACCGCCGCCGCUAUGGCAAGACUUUUCCAAAGGUCAUCGACUUCAGCAAUCGUGCGCAAGAUGUGGAGCGGGCCGUGUUGGAGUUCGCCCAGCCACGGCGUGUCAGAGCUAGUCGCUUUGAGGACGUCGUGAGUUUGUCCGCGGAACUGAAGGAGGCUCUGCCUGACUUGGCUGUCGAUGCCGGCAAUGAGGCCAUCGAAGCUGCGGUACGUCAUGGCUUGGCAGCGGAUGCAUCGAAACAUGGCAAGAAGGAGUGUCAGAAUGAGCAGCAAAACCAGGAUCUGGCCAAGAAGGUCCUGGCAUAUCUGAAGGGCCGCAAGGAUGGCGUGAGCCGUGCAGAGCAUGGAGCCUCCCAGCUGAUGUCCCUCAGCUUGGCGCAGAAGAUUUGGAAUGCCAUGCGCGAGCAGGGCCUGGUGCAAGCUGAUGUGAAGCAGCUGGAGAGAGAGAUUGUGGAGGAAUACACCCGUCCGAAGGGCAUCCGCACAGCUGGGCACUUGGGGUUCUCUGGUUCCUUGGCGUUGCCAUUGACCAACUUGGCCACCCCGCUGCAGAACAUGGAGCGACGGCUGGCGGUGGAACGCAGUGCAGCGCAUGAUGGAGGGGCCGACGUGGUGGCCCUGCAGGCUGUGAAGGACGGGUUGGCCAACGGCGCAGCUGGAGAAGCCGAUGCGGAGGAAGAGGAGGAGCAGCGCGCGCGGACGCUGCGCGAGAUGAAAGCGUGCGCGGAGCGCCUGCUGAAGCCGCGCACGGCGGCGACGGCGCGCUUGCAGAAGAGUUCCUUCGACGCCUUGCAUCGCUUGGUUUCCUGGGCUCGAGAGGCGGCAGAGGCCAAGGAUCGUGACUUGGCGCAGCAGAUGAUUGAUGCCGGGGUCGAGGAGAUCUUUCGAAACAGGCUUCACAAACGGGAGCCUUGCGAGCACCAGCAUUGCAUUGGUGGGUUAGAUGCUCUUGUUGGCUUGGGCUUCUGCCCUCGUGCCGCGAAGAUGUUGAAGGCCUUGCGGAACCUGAACCAGUUGCAUCAAGAGGAGAAGACACACAUGAAGGCCCUUCUGGAGCUCUGUGAUUUCCUGCUGGAAGAGUGCGAUGCGCGGCAGGCUGCAACUUGGAUGUCUUGCGUGUAG